AUGCGGUGUCUCUGCAGAGCCAGCGGCUCCCCACCCUUACCUGCUGUUGCAGGGCUGUGCCCAUCCCCUUGCCUCUCCCUCGUCCUGCACACGCCCCCGAGUGCCCGCCCUGCCCAAGUCCUGCAGGGGGCCGCUGCACAGAAUCAGGAGCAGGCCCGGUGCAGGGCGCCCGCCGCGUUCCAGCGUGAGCCAUGGCGCGGUGUGCACCCGUCAGGGUGCCUGAGCGCCCCACUGCCCGAGGCUGGGGGGACUCCUCCCUGGGUGUGGGCCCCCACUCCACCCACUGCCCACCGGGUGGGUCUGUGUGUGGGGGGCCCGCAUGUGACCCUGGCCCCCCAGGCCUGUUCCCUUUCCCGUUCUCAAACGUGUCCCCUCAGACAGAGGCGGGUGGCAGCAGACAGCAGGGUCAUGGGGAGCCACACCACCUGCAGGCCACAGGUCACCUGCCCACUUCCCAUGAGGGCGCCCACCUCAGCCCACCACAUGUCCACCUUGGGACAUCACCCCGUGCCAGGCCUCCCCCUGACGGGCCCUGUGAAACGCCUCCCCAAGCCUGCAUGCGGGGCAGGUCGGAACUGCUGCCCAGACACAGACUGCUGCCCGGGUCGUAGGUUCACCCGAGAGGCUGGAGCUCGGGCCGGGUGA